ACCCCUCUGUGGAUCCCUCUGUGCACCCCCCCCCCCUUGCACCCCUCUAAUUCUGGAUACACCCCGGGGCUGGAAUGGCCGAGCAGGAGAGUCUGGAGUUCGGCAAGGCGGACUUUGUGCUGCUGGAUAAUGUCACCAUGGAGGAGUUUAUGGCCAAUCUGAAGCUCAGGUUUGAGCGCGGGAGGAUCUACACGUACAUCGGGGAAGUGGUGGUGUCUGUGAACCCGUAUAAAGCCAUGGAUCUGUACGGGAAGGAAAUGAUUGAAAGUUACCGCGGGAGGGAGCUGUACGAGAGGCCGCCGCACCUCUACGCCAUCGCCGACGCAGCAUACAAGGCCAUGAAACGCCGGGCGAAGGACACGUGUAUCGUUAUCUCAGGAGAGAGCGGAGCUGGGAAGACAGAGGCCAGCAAGUACAUCAUGCAAUACAUUGCUGCCAUCACCAACCCCACCCAGAGAGAGGAGGUGGAGAGGGUGAAGAACGUUCUCCUGAAAUCCAACUGCGUCCUUGAAGCUUUCGGAAAUGCCAAAACCAACCGGAACGACAAUUCCAGUCGAUUCGGCAAGUACAUGGACAUAAACUUCGACUUCAAGGGGGACCCGACCGGAGGACACAUCAACAACUACCUGCUGGAAAAGUCUCGGGUCCUCAAGCAGCAGCCGGGAGAGAGAAACUUCCAUUCAUUCUACCAGCUGCUACUGGGGGCUCCGGAGUCUUUACUGAGCUCGUUCGGCCUGCGCAGGGACCCGGCCCUGUACGUCUUCACCAGAGAGAGCGCCAAUGUAACCAUAACUCAGCACAGCGUCAUCAAUGAUAAAUCAAGCUACAAAAUGGUGGUGGAUUCCAUGAGGGUGAUCGGCUUCACCGAGGAAGAGGUGGACUCCGUGUACAAGAUUCUGGCUGCCAUCCUACACCUGGGCAACCUGUGUUUUACGAUGGACGGUGACUGUGUGGUCCUGGAGGAUGAGGACCUGGUCGGUUAUUUCGCUGAAUUGACCAGCUGCCAUCCCGAUGCUGUACGGAAGACCCUCCUAUACCGCACUGUGGCUGCAGGAGGGGGCGAGAUCAUCGAGAAGGGUCACGGUGCCAAAGAAGCAGAGUACGCUAAGGAAGCCUGUGCCAAGGCUUUCUACGAAAGACUUUUCUGCUGGAUUGUCGGGCGCAUCAACAGCAUUAUUGAGGUGAAGAAUUAUGACGCCAGGAUCCAUGGCAAGAAUACGGUGAUCGGCGUUCUGGACAUUUACGGGUUUGAGAUCUUCGACAAUAACAGCUUCGAGCAGUUCUGUAUUAAUUAUUGCAACGAGAAGCUGCAGCAGCUGUUUAUUGAACUGAUCCUCCGCCAGGAACAAGAUGAGUACCAGCGGGAAGGCAUCGAAUGGCAGCACAUUGAAUACUUCAAUAAUCAGAUCAUUGUGGAUCUGGUGGAGCAGCCGCAUAAAGGGAUCAUCUCCAUCUUGGACGAGGCGUGCUUGACGGUGGGUGACGUCACGGACACCAUUUUCCUGGAGUCGAUGAAUGGCAAACUGGGGAAGCACCCCCAUUACAGCAGCAGGAAGCUUUCUCCGACAGACAAGUCCAUGGCGUUUAACCGCGAUUUCCGGAUAAAGCACUACGCCGGCGACGUGACCUAUUCGGUGGAAGGGUUUCUGGACAAGAACAAGGACACGUUAUUCCAGGACUUCAAACGUCUGAUGUAUAACAGUAAAGAUCCGGUUCUGAAGGACAUGUGGCCAGACGGACAGUUGAGUAUAAGCGAGGUGACGAAGAGACCCCUGACAGCCGCUGCGCUCUUCAAGAACUCCAUGGUGUCACUAGCCGAGAACCUGGCCUGCAAGGAGCCGUAUUAUGUGCGCUGCAUUAAGCCCAACGACCAGAAGUCGCCGUUGCUGUUCGAUGACCGCCGCUGCCUCCAUCAGGUGGAGUAUCUGGGGCUCCUGGAGAACCUGCGGGUCAGGAGGGCCGGGUUUGCCUACAGGCAGCCCUACGACAGAUUCCUGCAGAGGUAUAAGAUGACCUGUGAAUACACGUGGCCCAACCACCUGAUGGAAUCCGACAUGGAAGCCACCAAAGCUCUGAUAGAUCAGCAUUACUUCCAGGAGGACGUGGCUUAUGGCUACACAAAGGUUUUUAUCCGGACACCCCAAACCCUCUUCAGUUUGGAGCAUGAGAGGAGCCAGCUGAUCCCCAUCAUUGUCCUCCUGAUCCAGAAGGUCUGGCGCGGGACGUUGGCUCGCUGGAGGUUCAAGCGUCUGAGGGCCAUCUACAAGAUCAUGAGCUGUUACAAGUGCUACAAAGUCCGCUCCCACCUGAUGGAGGUGGUGAGGCGCUUCGAGAACGUGCGCAACAUGGCGGACUACGGCAAGAGCGUGGAGUGGCCGCAGCCGCCGGCCGUGCUGGAGACAUUCCAAGACCUCUGCCACAAGCUGUUCAAGAGAUGGCGAGCUCGGAAGAUAGUGAAGAACAUCCCGCCGUCAGAAAUGUUGCAGAUUAAGUGCAAGGUGUGCGCCAUGGAGGCGCUGCAGGACCUGCGGAGAGACGUCGGCUACCAUCGGCCAUGGAAACAGAAUUAUCUAGCUUGUGACGUGGACAAUCCCGGCGGAGCAACGUCCUUCUCCAAAGCGCUGCAGACUCUGAGGAAGAAAGACAACCACAGCUCGGUGCUGUUUACCUGUCACAUCAGAAAGAUAAACCGGUUUUAUAAAAGUAAAGAUCGCGGAUUGCUGGUCACAAACCAUCAUCUGUACAAACUGGACCCCAGGAAGGCCUACAAAGCGCUGAAGAGCCUCCCGCUGAGCACGGUCAUCGGAGUGAGCCUGACCAGCGGCCCGGACCAGCUGAUCGUCCUGCACACCCAGAAAUACGACGACAUGGCGUUCUGCCUGCAGAGGGCGGAGCCAGACGGAGAGAGCCGCGUCGGGGAACUGGUCGGGAUCCUGACGCAUCACUUCAAACUGCAAAGAUGGGAGCUCACGGUGAAGGUGACGGACUGCAUCCAGAUGAAUAUGCGCGGAAGGCGGAGGCUGGUGUCCGUGGAGACCCGGAGCGAUAUAACCAAACCGGACUUCUGCAAAGGGCGCAAUGGCCUGGUGCUACACUGGCCCAAGAACUGAGAGAC